UGCGCCUCUCACAGUACUCGGGAUGAAAAUGGCAAAAGCAACUUCAGUUUCCACUUUUUUCUAGAGGAAAAAAAACAUUUCGGGACUGUAUUACUCCUCAACGUGCGCUUUCUACGAAGGUAUUUUCAACUAAAAUUGAAGAAGUUGGACGUAAUUUACUGAGGAAAGAACGGCCUUGACCUCAGACCAUGGCCUACACUCUGGGUUCGGCCACUGAUGGCCAGACGCGCACUGUCGCGCCUCAACACUGUGUCACUCGGGUGGAGCUGUCUGUCACUGCAUCCAGCCUGCUGGACCGAGAUGUAGCCUCCAAGUCAGACCCCUUCUGUGUCCUCUUCCACGAGGUGGAUGGAAACUGGGUGGAGCUUUGCCGCACUGAAACCGCUGUGAACAACUUGAACCCGGUGUUUGGAAAGAAGUUUCAGGUGGACUAUCACUUUGAGGAGAUCCAGAAGCUGCGCUUUGCCAUGUUUGAUGAAGACAAGUGUGCCACACAGCUCUACGAACAUGACUUCCUGGGAGAGUUCAUUUGUACACUGGGAGUGAUUGUCUCCAAUAAGAAACUUCACAGACCGUUGAUCUUAGCCAAUGGGAAGCCAGCUGGCAAGGGAUCCAUUACGAUAACAGCUCAGGAGCUGUCUGACAACAGAAUCAUCACUUUGACCCUGAGUGGGCGUAAACUGGAUAAGAAGGACUUCUUUGGAAAGUCAGACCCCUACCUUGAGUUCCACAAACAGGGAGAAGAUGGAAAAUGGAUGCUGGUACACAGGACAGAGGUCAUAAAGAACACUUUAGAUCCAUCAUGGAAAUCCUUUACUGUGCCACUCAUUUCUUUAUGCAAUGGAGAUGUGGACAGGAACAUCAAGGUCCUGUGUUACGAUUACGAUAACGACGGAGGACACGACUUCAUUGGAGAGUUUCAAACCACAGUUUCCAAGAUGAGUGAAGCCCAGAACUCAGUGGAGGUUGAGUUUGACUGCAUUAACCCCAAGAAACAGAAGAAAAAGAAGAAUUAUAAAAACUCUGGAAUCAUCAUAGUCAAAUCAUGCAAGAUAACAAGAGACUACACCUUUCUGGAUUAUAUACUGGGUGGCUGCCAGCUCAUGUUUACAGUCGGUAUAGACUUCACAGCAUCCAAUGGGAACCCUCGAGAACCAUCAUCUCUCCACUACAUCAACCCGCUAGGCAGCAACGAGUAUCUCUCGGCCAUUUUAGCUGUGGGACAAAUCAUACAGGACUAUGAUACCGACAAAAUGUUUCCUGCCCUAGGAUUUGGAGCUCAACUCCCACCAGACUGGAAGGUGUCGCAUGAAUUCGCCAUAAACUUUAAUCCCACCAACCCCUUCUGUUCAGGUGUAGAGGGUAUUGCCCAGGCAUACUCUGCCUGUCUCCCCCACAUUCGCUUCUACGGCCCAACAAACUUUGCUCCAAUCAUCAACCACGUAGCACGUUUUGCUGCCCAGGCACUCCAACAAGAAAAAGCAGCGCAGUACUUCACUCUCCUUAUUAUAACGGAUGGUGUCAUCAGUGAUAUGGAUGAGACACGUGAUGCCAUUGUACAGGCAUCUAAGCUACCUAUGUCCAUCAUCAUCAUUGGCGUGGGCAAUGCUGACUUCGCUGCCAUGGAGUUCUUGGAUGGAGACGCCAGUGUUCUGAGGUCCAGCACAGGAGAGGAGGCUGUUCGGGACAUUGUGCAGUUUGUUCCUUUCAGGGAUUUCCGUAAUGCACCCAAGGAGACCCUUGCCAAGUCAGUCCUGGCCGAGCUUCCUCAGCAGGUCACCCAGUAUUUCAAACAGCGAAAUCUACCUCCCAGAAACACGACAUCAGAGUGAGACAAACAGAAGCAGAGAGCCCAGCUGCCGUGCUAUUCAUCUGCUGAAUGUCUCCUCUCUUUGACAGCAAACUACACAAAAAGAAAGUGUGCAAAUUAGGUGAGAACAACAAAAUGUUGUAGACAAAACACUCAGACAUUGGAAACAUCUCUGCUGUUAUAUCUGCCAAGUUGUUACUGGUUUAUGAUUUUGUGUUUUUGUAUCGAGCUUACAGGUCUCUGAAGAUAUUGUAUUAAGGAUGUUUUAUGUCUAGAGUGAUGGACGGUGUCUUAAAAUGAUAUAUAUAUAUAUAUACAUACAUAUAUAAAUAUGCAGGUUGGCCUUUUUUUAGAUUAAUAGAAAAUCAUCUGAUUAAUGAGGGUGUAUAUUUUUGCUUUUGCAUGUGUUUGUCUUGUGAUUGAUACCGCGUGGAACAUACAAGUCUUUGGUGUAAAGUCCCCUCUCUAAGCUGAACUUUAUCAGUGCCCUUCUGUGGUCAUAUGGAUCCUUUUCAGGUAGCAGAUCAGAUGAUAGCUGUUUGCUUUUGUGCUCUCUUGUGGUGAACUCACAGACUGAGCCUGAAUAUUGUACUGUGUCCUUUUCCCUGGUCUGUCAUCAGGGAGGAGAUUUUAAUAUUUAGUCUUUAAGCCCAGUAGUCCAAGAGGGAAGUUUCAAUACUUCACCGUAUUUAUUUAGUCCAAGAAGACAGAAUCAGGGGAGGAUGAGCUUGUUGUGGCAGCUGUAGCACUAAUACAGGAUAUACUGUAUGUUGGAUACUGUGCGAACUCAUUUUGCUGUUUUUCAAGGGACCAUUUGCUUUAUCUUGCAAAUCCAUCCAUCCAUCUAUUAUCUAUGAUGCUUAUCCCGUCAUGGGUUGCAGGGUUCAAGCUGAUCCCAGCCGCAAAUCCCUUGAUUAUUACCGACUUUGGUCGAUCCUGCAUGUUGCCAAUAUGUACUUACUGUUUACAAACCGAUGCUGAUGAUAACAGAGGCAUGAUUUUUCCCUCGAUUUAUGUAUUUGUCAGAUUUUGUAAAUAUUUUAAUGAGAUUCUAUUGAAAGGGACUGCAGUGUUACAUGGCACAGGAAGUGCCUGUAAAGGUUUUUAGUCAGAGUUUUUAACAGUGGAAUUAAAAGAGGAGUUUCUGAUAUGCAUAUAUAUCGAAUGUAUAUUUAUAUGACGCUGUUUAUGUUCUGAUAAGCCAAUGUUUGAACAUGUUUUUAAUGUACUUUUUAUGCAGUGCAAAACUGUGCUCUUUAAUUACUGUGUAUUACUGUGCAUCUUUGUACUAAAUGUGUCGCUAUUGAUUUUAUAAAGUUGUGUCUAUG